CGUUGACACAAGUACCCACACACAGCACAUUCUAGCCUUCCUCUGUUUCAGGCAAAAACCAAGCUCUGCUUUUCCCGGCUCUAGACCGGACUUUCACCAGCUCAAACCAAUCAAGAAUGGCGUCGAUUUCAUUUUUCACCCAAUUCUAUAGCAAACCCAUCGCUGGGAUCUCAAAGCCCUUUCUAAUUCCGGCGAAAGCUGCGAUUUUGUCCGCGAAUACCGCCGCGUCGAAGCCGUUUCCGGCCUUGGGUCUGGCGAGCGCGAAGGGAAAAUUCGCCGUCCGGGCAGUUGAAGAAGGUGAUUGGGGCCAGGAGGAGGCGGCUCCGGGCGGUCUGGCGGUGGCGGAAGACGGGAUUGAGUCGUCGGAAGUGGUGACGGAGACGGACGUGUUGAAGAAGCAGCUGGUGGAUUCUUUCUACGGGACGAACAGAGGGUUGGCUGCUAGCAGCGAAACCAGGGCGGAGGUGGUGGAGCUGAUCAUGCAGCUGGAGGCGAAGAACCCCACUCCGGCGCCCACUGAGGCCCUGCCUCUCCUCAACGGCAAAUGGGUUCUUGCGUACACAUCUUUUGUGGGGCUGUUCCCCUUAUUAUCUAGGGGCACACUCCCUCUAAUCACCGUUGAAGAAAUAUCUCAGACCAUUGAUUCUGAACUCUUCACCUUUGAGAACUCUGUAGUGUUUUCUGGGCCAUUAGCAACCACUUCGUUCAGUACCAAUGCCAAGUUUGAAGUGCGUAGUCCUAAGCGUGUGCAGAUAAAGUUUGAAGAAGGCGUUAUUGGGACACCCCAGCUCAUAGACUCCAUUGAGUUCCCUGAAAAUGUGGAGUUCUUGGGACAAAAGAUAGACCUAACCCCUUUCAAAGGGUUGGUUGCUUCUCUGCAGGACACGGCCUCGUCCGUCGUCAAGUCCAUCUCCAGCUACCCGCCUUUGAAGUUCUCUAUUGCCAAUAAGUAUUCCGAGUCGUGGCUUUUGACGACGUACCUGGAUGAUGAGCUUCGCAUUUCCAGAGGAGAUGGUGGCAGCAUCUUUGUGCUGAUCAAGAAAGGCAGUUCCCUCUUGACGCCUUAUUAUUAUUAGACAUGUAAUAACAGUAAUUCCAGAAUGAUUAUAUAUAUUUGGUAUGAUUCAUUGGUAUGCUGUCAACUUUUUAAAUUAGUACUAUGACUAUUUAAUAAGACAUAUAAAUAAAUAUUAGAUGAUUGUAUUCAUACACUUGAUUAUGGUACUUAUGUUCUAGAAAUGUUAUAUGCUUAACUCAUUCUUAUUCAAUGACUCUAGGAUAUUAGAGUUUGCCUAGCU